AUGUAUGAGAUAAUCCUAACCAGUUCACCAGAAGGUCCCAUGAUAGCAUUUGAUGCUUCCACCGGUGCCACGGUUGCGCUGUUCACUGGUAGCCGGUCACCAUGUCGCGGUCUCAUGGUGACAAGCCAAGGAUUCAUUGCAGCUUCCCAUGUGUCCUCGAACACAGGGACGGGCUCGAUCCAUAUUUACAAUUGGCACACUCCAACGGUCUUCCAAAACAUCCCUCUCCCCGAACCUGUGGCUCCACUAGCCGCCACCUUGGAUGGUGACUUUCUCUUUGCAGGUGGCGUGUCGGGGAGUAUCCACUCCUUGUCACUCCCUUCCGGAGAUAUCAUCAAAACAUGCACUCCUUACUCGAAACCUGUUUCGAGUCUCCAUCUUAGUGAUGAUGGGUCACUAUUGAUUUCAGGUAACAAUGAUGGCACUAUUGUUGUGAUCCCAUCAUUUAAGCUUGUUGAUGAUUCCUCUACUUGUAGUGACCCAAUCUUACACAAAUGGAAGGCUCAUUCUGAUUCAGUGACAUGUUUCAACUCUGGAAUUUGCAUUCAUACUUGUACAUUUGUUUCUUGUUCCAUGGACUGCACGUGUAAGUUUUGGAGUUUAUCGAAUGGGAUAACUCUAAUGCGAACCGUGACAUUUCCAUGUGCCAUUUUUGGGCUUGUUAUGGAUUCAACAGAGUCAGGUUUCUAUGCUGGUGGUUCAGAUGGGUUUGUUUAUAAAGGGUUAAUGAAAGUUGGGAAUAGAAAAAUGUUAGAAAAAGGAAAAGCGUAUGAAUUGGUUAAUUUGGGUAACAAAACAAAAAGCCAUGAUGGGUCAAUUAUGUCUUUGGUUUUGGUGAAUGAAGGGAGGAAUUUGGUGUCUGCUUCAGAAGAUGGGAGUGUUUGGAUGUGGGAUGUUGAGAAAGGUGAAGUCAUUAUGGUUUUGGGGAAUGAUCAAAUAUUAGGAAGAAGAUCAACAAGAAGCAUUGGUGAUAUGAUAGUGGUCAAAGGGAGUAAUGUUACAAAGGGAAAUGCUAGUAGUAAAGGGGGUGCUAUAAGUGGUUUUAGUUCUUCUGGAUUAUCUGAUGAAGAGGUGAUUAAGACUUUGAUGAAAAUCACAGAGCUUGGAAAUGUGAUGGAUGUGGCAGUUCAUGACAAGAGAAGAGCCAUUGAUAUGCUUGAAUCUGCUAUUGCAAUGUAUGAGAGGCUAUUGAGGCUUAUUCUUAAGGAAGUCACCAAAGCAAUUGAAGAGGCAGAUCAUGAGGAUGAAGACUUGGAUAACAAAGGGAAAAAAGAUGAGAAUUAA